GGUACACAUUUUACCCAGCAUAAUACAAUGUAAGUUUCGUAUAUAAGAGUACAUAUACAAGCGGCACUAAUUUUAGCAUGGAGGCACGGAAAAGGAACUUCUCAGUUUCAGCACAUGUAAUAUCGCGCGUGGGGUUGUCAUGUAGUUAUUAAUUGUGUAUAUUUGUAGCCGGUAUACAUGUAGACUUAGAAAAUAUCUAAAUAUUUUAUACAUUGCCAUUGUCGUUACAUUAUCUCGUAUUUUAUGCAAAGUACGGUUUUGUGAGAAAUACGAUCUUCCAUUCAAUUCUGAUAAAUAUAUAAAUAUACAAAUGUUUUAUUCGAUGGGAAUGACAGUAUGCGAGACCGCAAAGAACUGCAUCCCUCAACGGUUAUAAGUAAGCGAACACGCAAUUAUAGUAUUCACGGAAAAGAACAGAUCGUUAUAAAUGUCUAAUAACUCUAUGUCGAUUUUUUAAUAACAUAUUAUUAAUGGUACUAGGGCUAAAAAGUGGAAGCAUGUGAAAGUGUACUUAGUCUGUCGGUUGACGUGCUCAGUUAUAUUGAAUGUAAUUUAUGAAGGUUUACAAUAAUAAAAUUAUAUGUCAUAUCACUUCGCACGAAUGGUACAUUGCAUUGGUGACAAAGUAAAUGUCUAUACGUGAUAUUAUCAGUGACACAUCUGUAGCACGUGUCGGGAAACAUAACCGGAACUUUUAAUAAAUCCGCCAUAUUCAACAUUUCUCUAAUUUUCUUUUUAGAUUUUAAAGACAUCGUACACAGCAUUUAACGUACUUUUAAAUAGGUACAUUGAAAUAAGAUCGCUCAAUUCUGAAUCCAAGACACGUUGUGAGCGAUGUAUGUGUUAAAAGAAUGAGAUUUGUCAGAGAUAUUUACGUGCAGUGUUUCGCGUGGGAUUUAAACUUCAAUUUGUGGAACUUACUAAUCGCAUACUGCAUUUGAUAGAAUUUUAUACUAUCUUCUGUAUCUAAAUUCAAUUUUGACUUAUAUAACUAUACAACCGGACAUCUAACAAGAAUAUAUAAAAAGCGAUAUCUUUUAGCAAAGCUUGACACCACUUUUUAGACUGUUUUACAUGUAGAAAAAGACUGACUUUUCACCAUUGAUAAAUUGCCCGUAAAGAAGGAAUCUCAAAUAUGCAAAUACUUUCUCUGAAUUUUUUAAUAUAUACCAUUUGUGGUAUGUGGCGACCGACCGAAUGGUUAUCAAAUGGUGCCAAAUUUCUGUAUAAUAUAUUUACUUGUAUUGUCCUAAUCUCGGAAUACUUUUUCACGUUAACUCAAUUCCUGGAUCUCCUCUUUGUUGUUGAUAACAUCGACGAUUUCGUUGCUAAUUCUAUAUUUUUAAUAAGUGUUGCUGCUCUUAUAUAUAAAGCGACACUUGUCGUAACACGUCGCAACGCGAUCAUUAGCUUGGUGCAAGUAUUGUUGACAGCGCCAUGUAAACCUCAAGAUGAGGACGAAGUGGCAAUACAAACAAAGUUUGAUCAAUUUAUCAGAUCGUGCUCAAUGAAAUAUUUGCUUUUGUGUACAAGCUCCCUUACAGGCGUCAUAAUAGGAUCGGUAUUAAAUAUUAUGUAUGGUCAACUGCCGAUUCGAACAUGGCUGCCAUGGAAUGUAACCAAUGUACCUCUAGUGUUUUGGAUUAUAUCGGUUCAGCAAAUUAUGAGUGUAAUUUUCGGCACUCUCAUAAAUGUCGGCACGGAAACAUUAAUCUUUGGGCUGUUUAUACAAACAUGUGCCCAGAUUGAAAUUUUCGAAAGUCGUCUCCAGAAAUUAAUAAUUAAUAUAACAUAUCUGGAUACGCUCUCGUUAUCUAGUAAAGACAAAACCAGGAUGUCGGAAUCCAUACGUCAUCAUCUCAGCAUUUACAAAUAUGCCAAAACGGUAAACGUUACUUUCAGUAAAGUACUCUUCAUUCAGUUUUUUGUUAGUACAAUGGUAAUAUGUAUAAGUGUCUAUUAUAUGUCAACGCAUAUUACGGAAUUGUCUGAGAUUACAACCUUAUUAGCGUAUACCAUUUCCAUGUUUGUACAAAUCUAUAUCUAUUGCUGGUCCGGAAAUGAAGUCAUACUUAAGAGUCAGAAUAUAGGAGACGCUGUUUAUCAUAUGGAUUGGCCAUUACUGUCAGUCAACGAAAGGAAAGCAUUGCUGAUGAUCAUGAUGCGUAGCACUAUUCCUAUAAAGUUCACUAGUAGCUUUUUGAUAACUUUUUCUCUUCAAUCAUACAGCAAUAUUUUAAAGACAUCAUACUCGGCAUUUAACGUACUUCAAACACGAACUUGAUGUCACGAAAUGCGUAUAAAUGACCUAUAAUGCACUUAGAGAACAUAAAUUUUGUUUUCUUUAAAUUAUAGUGACACUAAAUCUGUGUCUAAAAUUC